CGCGCAGCGGAAGGCCGAGGCGAGGCAGGGGCGCUCUGCGGCGUGCGUCCGUCCGUGGGCAGCGGCCGGCAUGUCUCACGCCACUCCGCUGGCCAAACCCUCCUCCCCGAACAACCCGCGGGUCUUCCUCGAUGUGGACGUGGGGGGCGAGCGAGUUGGUCGAAUUGUAUUGGAAUUAUUUGCCGAUAUUGUACCUAAAACUGCUGAGAAUUUCCGUGCAUUGUGUACUGGAGAGAAAGGUACUGGACCCACAACUGGAAAGCCUCUUCAUUUUAAAGGAUGCCCUUUCCAUAGGAUUAUUAAGAAAUUUAUGAUCCAGGGAGGAGACUUCUCAAAUCAAAAUGGAACAGGUGGAGAAAGUAUAUAUGGAGAAAAAUUUGAAGAUGAAAACUUCCAUUACAAGCAUGAUCAGCCGGGAUUGCUCAGCAUGGCAAAUGCAGGACAGAAUACAAAUGGUUCUCAGUUCUUUAUCACAACUGUGCCAACUCCUCAUCUGGAUGGGAAACAUGUAGUCUUUGGUCAGGUGAUCAAAGGCACGGGUGUAGUAAAGCUUCUAGAAGAUGUUGACGUGAAAGGGGAAGAACCUGUUCAGUUGUGCAUUAUUGCAGAAUGUGGAGAGCUGAAGGAAGGAGAUGACUGGAGAACUUCUCCAGUGGAUGGCUCUGGAGACACUCACCCCGACUUCCCUGAAGAUUCUGAUGUGGACUUUAAGGAAAUUAACCAGAUUGUAUCUGUAGCAGAAGAUAUAAAAAAUAUAGGAAACACAUUCUUCAAAUCCCAGAACUGGGCAAUGGCACUGAAGAAAUACAGCAAGUCUUUAAGAUACAUAGAAGCUUCUCUUAUUGGGGCAGGGAAGGAAGAUACAGCAAAGCUGAAUGCUGCUGCUUUGACCUGCUAUUUAAACAUUGCUGCGUGCAAACUGAAACUAGGAGAGUGGCAAGAUGCGAUUGAUAACUGUGCUAAGGUUCUGGCCCUCGAUCCUACAAAUACCAAAGCACUUUACAGAAGGGCUCAAGCUUUGGAAGCAACAAGAGACUAUGAUCAGGCAUUGGCUAACCUCCAGCAGGCUCAAAGCAUAGCUCCCCAAGACAAAGCUAUCCAAAUGGAAGUACAGAAAAUUAAGCAGAAGAUAAAGAACCAGAAGGAAAAAGAGAAGGCAGCUUAUGCAAAGAUGUUUGCUUAAAUUGUUUUUCCCUCCUUCACUAAUUUUGCAUUUCUGUGCACAAGCAUUGGGUAUUUAAAGAUUAUGGUCAAUAACGAUGCUGUUUACUGUGUUUGGAUCUUUUAAAACCUGCAUAUGAUUUCACAUUUCUUCAGUAAUGAGACAGUAGUCGUUGUAGAAAUAUAGAACACUACUAAAUAAAUUUGAGAAUGAUCAAGCGCAAUGAGUUUGGGGAAAGUUCAAUAAUGCAAGUUUUAGUUCCUUCCGUUUUCCAACUGUCAUUUUUGUUAGUGCAGAUCUCCAAUGCCAUUCUGUGGUUAUUUAAGAAAUAAAACAAGUAAGCGUUCUGUAGACUAUAAUAAAAC